ACUAAACGGGUCUUACACAACCACAUUGUUCCUUUCUGGAUUCACCUUUCAAGCUGACAUGAGAGAGCUGCUUGCUAUUUUGGUUUGACGUCUUUCUCAAGAGAAGUUGACUGAUUUGAGGUGCUCCUAUAAAGAAUAUGGAAAACCUUACGUCAGACAAUUGGCGGGAGAUUGUGAACAAAAAGCUUCACUUUCCACCAGAGCUGAUCCCUGCUAUCCAAGAGGGCAACAUGGCCUGGGUGGACAGUCUCCUCUCCCUUGGUGAUGGGAUCAUCCGUCAACUGGAAGAGUCUGAGGAUCGGUUAUGGAGGGAAGCAUUGAACCUCUCCAUCCGACUGGGCGGCGAAGACAUCAUGACUUCCCUUCUUUUGGGCGUCAAGUUUGACUUCCGUCAGAUCCAUGAAGCUUUACUGGUGGCUGUCGACACCAACCAGCCACGAUUCGUCAAACACCUCCUGGACCGCCUGGAUCAGGAAAAAGGCAAUAAGAUGGACGUUCGUUCCUUUAGCAUGGCCAUCUUCGACCACUCCAUCGACGAUUCUCAGUUCGCACCGGGAGUGACGCCACUAACGCUGGCCUGCCAGAAGGACCUGUAUGAGAUCGUAUCUAUGCUGACCCAGAGAGGCCAUGAUAUUCCCAUGCCUCACUCAAUCUCGUGCGCGUGCUUGGAGUGCCGUAACGGACGACAAUACGACUUGCUCAAGUUCUCGCUGUCCCGUAUAAAUACGUACAGAGGCAUUGCCAGCCGCGCAUAUUUGUCGAUCACCUCGGAAGACGCCAUGCUCAGCGCUUUCCACCACAGCCGAGAACUGCGCAAACUGUCCAAGAAAGAACCAGAAUUUAAGCCUCAGUACCUGGCUUUGGAACAGCUGUGUCAGGAGUUUGCUGUGGAGCUUCUGGGAAUGUGCCGGAACCAGAGCGAGGUCUCCACCAUCCUCAACAGUGCCGAGGGGGACAGCGAGGAUGAAGAACUAGGCCUAGACGAACAGACAUUUGAGGAAGGCAUCCCCAACCUCGCACGUCUUCGCCAGGCGGUCAACUACAAUCAAAAACAGUUUGUGACUCAUCCCAUCUGCCAGCAAGUGCUCUCCUCCAUUUGGUGCGGGAGCCUGUCUGGUUGGAGGGGAAGUCGAACUGCUUGGAAACUGCUGGUGUCUUUGGCCAUUUUCAUUACCAUGCCGGUUCUGUGCCUUGUCUACUGGAUCGCCCCAAAGUCCAAGCUGGGUAAAUUGCUAAAGGUUCCCGUGAUUAAGUUCCUGUUACACUCUUCAUCAUACAUGUGGUUCCUCAUCACUCUUUUGACGGAGUCUAUUUUCAUGGAGAUCUACCGUACGGAUUUCGCCUCCCGGAAGCAGAACAUUCUCCAUACCUCUCUUCACAUGAUAUGGGUUGCAGGUUUCUUCUGGUUUGAGUGUAAGGAAGUUUGGCUCGAGGGUUUGAAAAGUUACUUCUUGGAUUUAUGGAACAUUCUGGAUAUGAUGGUGCUGAGCAUGUAUCUGGCAUCCUUCACACUGCGCAUUCUCAUCGUGCUAAAGGGACAUUUCCUCUGUCAGGACUCCAGCACACAAGAGCUGUGUGACUAUUUCACCAACACAGCACGAGAGGACUGGAAACAGGAGGAUCCUCAGCUGAUUGCAGAGACUCUCUUUGCCGUGACCAGCAUGUUGAGUUUCACACGUCUCGCCUACAUUCUGCCGGCCCAUGAAUCCCUGGGAACCCUGCAGAUAUCCAUGGGAAGAAUGAUCGAUGACAUGAUGAGGUUCAUGUUCAUCCUCAUGAUUAUAGGAACAGCAUUUUUGUGCGGAAUAAACAACAUAUACGUCCCAUACGUCGUUUCUGCACAUCUCGGCAGAUUUAAUGAGACCUUUAACUUCCUCUUCUGGACCAUGUUUGGAAUGGCAAACCAAGAAUAUGUAGACAUGCAUGAUUACGCUCUGGCUGAGUUUGUAGGAAGGAUCUUCUACGGGAUAUUCACACUGCUCAUCGUAAUAGUGCUCCUGAACAUGCUUAUUGCCAUGAUCUCAAACUCAUUUCAGAGGAUUGAGGAUUGUGCAGAUGUCGAGUGGAAGUUUGCUCGCUCUAAACUCUACCUCAGCUACUUUAGGGAGGGUCUAACUAUGCCAGCUCCCUUUAAUAUCAUCCCAUCUCCAAAGGCUCUCUUUUAUGUCUUAAGAAGCAUCUUCCAAAAGAUUUGCUGUUGCUGUAAGAAGAAAGCCCCAGAAUAUCCUCCCAUCACAACUUUGUCUAGCAAUACCCUGAAUAACAGCAGAGGUCAAGGUGAGGGCAGAGUGCCAUACCGCCUGCAGGUCACCAAGGCUCUGGUGCACCGCUAUAUUGAAGCCGCACGCAGAGAGUUUGAAGAGAGCAAGCGUAAAGAUGUGGGGAACAGAAUCACCGAGCUGAAUAAAGUUGUGGGCCGGCUGCACACCGAGAUGAAGGACUUCCACCAGAAGCUGCAGUGGCGGCACAAAAGCCAGCCAGACCAGGCCAACAUUCUGGGCAAAUACAUCAUGGGGGCAAGAAACAAUUUCCGUGACUUUGAUAAGAAUGAGGCCAUGGGGUGUGAAAAUACAGGUCUGCACAUCAGUAUGCAGCUCACAGAGGAAGAGGAGGAGAAGAAAGGAGAGAUCGUCUCAGAGGAGAGGGAGGAGCCCGACUCCGAGGGCCCCGCGGAGCCCGUCCCAGGAGAAGAAACUGCUAGCACUCCUGAUGUAUGAGAACAUGACAAACACUGGGGUGUCGCAGUGCACUGCCGUUCCCGGACAAAAUAUCUAGUAAGAAG